CUCCUCCCUCGCCCACAGGAUUUACCCUAUUCUCUGCGCCUGAUCCCAGGUUUUGUUUUUCGGGGUCCGUUGGAUUUUAUGGCGGAUCGCGGUUCUCUCUCGCCCUUAAAAUCUACCCUCGGACCCUUCCGUUCCCAGUCGCCGAUUUCUUCGAUUUUGUUCGGGCUUCCGACAGAUUUCUGGAGCAAAGCUUGGAUUUUUUUCCGCGAUUCAUAGCUGGGAAGAUCGCCUAUUGUUUGCAGUUAAGAAUCCAGGUGCUCGAUUCGCAAGGCAUUGGAUUGGAAUGCAUCGCAAGGCAUUGCAUUGGAAUGCGUUCUUUUCUUCGGGAUUGGACUUUCUUUAGAUCAAGACUGUGUAAGAUUGUGCAUUCGAGGUUGUGUGACUUUCUUUAGAGAUGGUAUCUGUAAACCUGGGUGGCCUCCAUUAUGUACUGGACCACAUCUACGGGACAUUUCUCCACCGGACAAAAUUAAGCACACCAUUUUUCUCACGGGGAUGGGGAGGGAGCAAACUUGAUCUGUUGGAGAGAAUGGUAAAGCAGCUCUUUCCAGAAGCUGCCACCCAGAAUUGGCCACCCAAUCUGGUCCAGCCUAUCUGGAAAACAGUAUGGGAGACAAAGAAUGCAUGCCUGAGGGAGGGUGUUUUCAGGACACCUUGUGAUGAGCAACUAAUUGAUGCAUUGCCUCCCGAGAGUCACAAUGCAAGGGUUGCUUUCCUCGCACCAAAGUUUGUUCCACCGCAGAAGAUGGCUUGCGUGGUCCACUUAGCAGGCACUGGGGAUCAUACAUUUGAGCGACGGCUCCGUCUUGGUGGUCCGUUGUUGAAGCAAAACAUAGCAACAAUGGUGCUUGAGAGCCCAUUCUAUGGACACCGACGUCCUGGACUGCAAUGUGGUGCAAAGCUUCUAUGCGUGAGUGACUUGCUACUGUUAGGAAGGGCCACUAUUGAGGAAGCCCGCAGCCUCCUGCACUGGUUGGAGGUUGAAGCCGGUUUUGGCAAGACAGGCAUAUGCGGGCUUAGUAUGGGAGGUGUACAUGCUGCAAUGGUUGGAUCUCUGCAUCCCACACCGAUUGCCACUCUACCAUUUCUUGCUCCACACUCUGCUGUAGUGGCUUUCUGUGAAGGAAUCUUAAAGUAUGCCACUGCCUGGGAGGCACUGAGAGAAGAUGCAACACAAAAGGCUAGAAUGACCCUCGAGCAAGUUAGAGAGCGAUUGCGGUCAGUUUUGUCACUGACCGAUGUUACUCGCUUCCCAAUUCCCAAAAAUCCUCAGGCUGUGAUAUUUGUGGCUGCUACAGAUGAUGGCUAUAUUCCUAAACACUCCGUCUUGGAGCUCCAGAGAGCAUGGCCAGGCUCGGAAGUAAGGUGGGUCACCGGAGGGCAUGUCUCAUCUUUUCUUCUACACAAUGAUGCAUUUCGCAAGGCAAUUGUUGAUGCCCUGAACAGAUUAGAAUGGAGAGAACCGUAACAGUAACCAGUCAAGUGGCUCGUAAUCGUCAUCUUUAUUUAGGCAUUGAUGUGUUUUGAUGAGCUGCAACUAUAACAGGCUCCGAGAAUAUAUUCCAAACUUGUAAAGAACAGAUGCCCUUGUUGUUGCAAGGAAUAAAGGCAGUAAUUCCUUGUAAGGUUCAACACUUAUCCUUCAAAAUGCUUCAACAAGUGCAGGGUGUCCUCAUCAUGUAUGAUCCCUGGCCUAAUUUUCUUUGUCCUGCCUUAAAUAAGGAGCUUCUGCCAUGUCAUUUAA